AUGUCCGACAUCCUCAGCCAGCUCUCGCACAGCGCGCCCGUGCAGGCGCUGCAGGCGCGGCUGGCACGCGUGCGCAGCCUGGCGCCGGUGCCGCUCUCGGCGCUCUGCUCCGUGCUCGCGCUCGCCGCCUGGCGGCUGGUGCGCCGGCGCAGCGUGCGGCGGCAGCAGCGCGCGGCGUGGCGCGACUGGAGCGCCGUCGUCGCCGUCGUCACCGGCGGCGCGAGCGGCAUCGGGCACGAGGUGGUGCAGCAGCUGCGCGCGCGCGGCGCCCGCGUCGUCAUCCUCGACCUGCAGGCGCCGCGCGAGCCGCAGGAGGGCGUGCUGUUCCUCAAGACCGACGUCACCGACUACGACGCGGUGCAGCAGACCAAGGCGGCGGUGCACAAGCACUUUGGGCCCGUCACCAUCCUCGUCAACAACGCGGGCGUGGGCGAGGCAGGCGCCAGCUUCGUCAACGCCUCGGCGGCGCGGCUGCGCCUCACCGUCGAGGUGAACCUGCUCUCCUCGUUCCACACCGUCAAGACGUUCCUGCCCGACAUGCUUACCGCCGACAAGGGCCACGUCGUCACGAUCGCCUCGGCGGCCAGCUUCCUGCAGGCGCCGCGCGCCAUCGACUACAGCGUCAGCAAGGCCGGCGUGCUCUCCUUCCACGAGGGCCUGCGGCACGAGAUUGCGCUGCUGUACCGGCGCCCCGGCGUGCUGACGACCAUCGUGCACCCAAGCUGGGUGCGCACACCCAUGACCGACCACCUCUUUGGCGUCGAGACGGCCAAGAAGUUUCUCUCGCCGCGCCAGGUGGCCGAGGGCGUCGUGGCGCAGAUCGACCGGGGCACGUCGGGCGAGGUGUAUCUGCCCGGCUACGUGCGCAUCCUGCCCUUCCUGCGCAGCUUCCCGCACGGCGUGCAGGACACGCUGCGCCUCGCCCUCUCGCGCGGCGUCAUUGCAGACCUCAAGCCCGAGCUGCGUGCAGAAAUGGACAAGCAGCCCACGUGGUAG